UCCGUCAUUACUUCCAUUUGUGCACUGCAGACAAGAAGCUCUUCGCUUCGGAAAACCCACCUCCCUCUCUCUCUCUCUCUCUCUUUCUCCAAGCCCAGCUAGAGAGAGCUUUCGCUAAUGGCUCUGCGAGUAAUCCCUCUGAACACCUCUCCUCCACCUUCAUGGAUGCCCAGCCCCAAGCAUUAUAAUUCAAACAUCUCUGCGUUCUGCUUUCCGAGCACCGGUGGUGGAGAUCAGAAGAGGAGAGAGAAUAAGAUCAGCUAUGCCUAUGCUAGUGGCGUGAGAACUGGAACGGCGAUUCGGUCGUUGCCGCCGUCUUCGUCGAGCGUGGACACGGGCGGUCCGGUGGUGGCGGUGCAAGUGGGCCAGGUUACGGAGGUCACCAAAGACACUUUCUGGCCUCUCGUCAAAGCCGCCGGCGACAAGACCGUCGUCCUCGACAUGUACACCCAAUGGUGUGGACCUUGCAAGGUGAUAGCUCCAAGAUUUCAGGAACUAUCCAAGAAGUAUCUUGAUGUUGUUUUCUUAAAGCUUGACUGUAACCAGGAAAACAGGGCUUUGGCAAAGGAGCUAGGAAUAAAGGUGGUUCCGACGUUCAAGAUUCUCAAAGAUAGUAAGAUUGUUAAAGAAGUCACUGGGGCCAAAUUUGAUGAUUUAGUUGUUGCAAUUGAAAGUGUCCGGUCUAGUUGAUAUUCUUUUUAUUGUUUCCCUGUAGAAUAUGCAUGCAUACAUACAUAUAUAUAAAUAAAAACAUGAUACACUUUCGGAA